CUGUGUUUCGAUGUUUACAGUAAUACAUAUAUUGUUGGCAUUUAAUAUAGUACACAUGGCUGCUUCGGCGUUCCGUAACCUUUACAGACAUACUAUAUGGAAUCCAGGAAGAUUUGUUGUGUCAAGCAAACUUAUUAAUAAGUUUUCUUAUAAUCCAUGCGUAUUUCUAAGUAAUGAACAUACGAAGUUAAAGGCUAAGAAUGCAUCCAAUAGUGACUUGUAUCUUGAUCUUUGUGAAUAUGAUAAGAAUCAUUGCAAAGUAACUAUUACAGCUGGUGUAGGUGGUACUGAAGCUUUUGAUUUCUGCAAGAUGCUUGGAAGGAUGUACAAGCGUUUUAUUCAACACUACUGCCAACCGGAAAGUUGGAAUCGUGAACUCUACGGCGACCUUCCACGUUCUUUGCACUAUGUAGAUGGGACUGUAGUCCCUGGUGACAAGGCUGGCUACCGUAUACUAGAAUUUGAGGUGCAUGGUGACUACGCAUACAAAUUAUUCAAGGGAGAAAAAGGGACGCAUCGUUUGGUUCGCAAUUCUCCUUAUAAUGCUAUGAGAAAACGCCAAACCACAUUUAGCAGCGUUCAGGUGGUACCCCUGCUGUCUGCUGACGAUCGUGACGUUCAGCAUUAUGAAUCUUCAAAACAUGUUACUGAAAAAGAUGUAAUAGUGGAGACUAUGCGUAGCGGGGGGAAGGGUGGCCAAAAUGUCAACAAAGUAGAAACAGCUGUUCGCAUUACUCACAAGAAAACUGGUUUAUCAGUCCGAGUACAGACUGAGCGUUCUCAAUCGCAAAAUCGAGAAAUCGCAAUGCGCCGAAUCAGUGAGAUGGUCGACGCACAUUACAAGGAACAACUACGUGAGAAGUGCAACGAGCUGCGUGGUGAGGAAGUUGAGGCCGAUUGGGGCCGUCAUAUGCGUAGCUACAUUCUUAGCCCUGACCAACGCUUUAAAGACCAUCGCACCAACUGGGAGACAGUUGAAGUGAAUACAGUGCUUGAUGGCGAGCUCUUGCCAGUUAUGCUGUCGUACCUAGAAUAUACGCAAGGUUCAAAUUAGGUCAACCUCUGUAAGGUCAAACCCCGCACCUUUA